AUGCAAAAAUGGACAGGAACUUACAAAUGGGACGACUACUGUGCCACUAAUCGUUGUUGUUGUUAUACUGGUACAUUAGUUGUUACUCAGUCUGGUUCCAAUCUUGUUUUUUCAUCUGGUACACAAGGAUGUGCGAACUCACAAGCAUCGUCAACAUUUUCAAAUCCCAAUGGUUAUUCAUUUUCUACAAUAGGAACAAGAGGUUCACAUAUUGUUUAUACACUUAGUUCGGAUAGUAAUACAUUAUCAGUCAGCAAUCGUGAUUAUAACUAUUGUGGAGGUCAUGCUGCUCGAACUUCAGCAGGAAUACAUAUGUAUCCAUCUAUUAUUUGGUUCGUAGUUAUGCUUACAGCUAUAUGGAUUUUUGCUUAA